AUGGAGUUUUUUCAAGUUGUCGACCCGGUGACGCUGGCGCCGGCGUCUUACGCGCACGUGGCGCUGCAGCUGGCAUUGGCCGUCGCCUGCGCCGUGCUGCUUGGUGUGUGCUUGCACGUUUUGCCGGAAAGGCUGGUGUGCGUCUCCAAGACCGCCCGUGCUAAGGUGCCUCGCGAGGCCCUGGCAAACGCGGCCACACCUGCCUCCAAGCUUUCCGUCGCCAAUACGCCUUCAUCCCUGGCCGCUGCCUCGGCCACUCCCUCCUUCUCUGCCGCGGCGCCGGUGGGCACAGCACCGAAGGCGCAGGCGAAGGCGGCCGCUCCAGCGGCUUCGGCUGCUGUAGCAGAGAGCACGCUGCACGACGUCCUAGAAGCGUUUUUCGAAGAGGAGACUCUUCUCGACGAGGCCUUACUCGACGCCACAGCGCCAUCUGCCCUACCAGAGAAGGAGACGGCCCCAGCGAAUCGGACGCCUGGGAAGCCGACCCAACCGCCCCUCAAGAAGACUGGAGACUUCUCCCCAGGUCUGGCGGCCAAGAUGACCCAGAGACUGCAGGUCGAGGCGUGCCCUGCCAGCACUGCUUCUUCGCCCCAAGUGGCAUCAAAGCCGCCCGAGAGAAACAACACGGCCGAGAGGGAGCUCGAGGACGCUCUGGACGCAUAUAUGGAGGAGGAGCAGCUGCUAGAUGAGGCCAUCCUGGACAGCGCUGUAGCGGCCGCGCACAGAACAUAA